CAUUCACAAUUUUCUUUUCUUGUGUUUCAAAAAUAUGGAGGAAAAGAAAAUUACUUUCGAACGUAAUGCUCCAUUGGGAGAAGGCGCUUACGGCUCCGUGUUUAGGGGGGAGUUUGAAGGCCGUCAAGUCGCAGUAAAAAGAAUUCUCCUAAACAAAUUCAAUGAAAACGAAGAAGAAUCUCUGCGAAAACUAGAUCACCCAAACAUUAUCAAACUUUUUCAUAGUGAAAGUGACAACGACUUCAGAACCAUUGCAUUAGAAUUGUGUGAUGCCUCGUUGGAACAACUUUUUCUGAAGUCGGAUGAUCCCAAAAAGUACAAUGGACCAAUGCCAUGUCAUAUCGAAGUGUUUCGUCAAUUAGCUUCAGGUCUUGAAUACAUCCAUUUGAAGGAAUUAAUUCAUCGAGAUAUUAAACCAGAGAAUGUUCUCAUUUCCGUUCGUUCAACUGGCCGAGACCAUGAGGUAACAAUCAAAUGGGCUGAUUUUGGGUUGUCUAAAACAGUAAAUAAACGAGGGACGUGCACGCUGAGCGAAAUCAAAGGAACAAAAAAUUGGCUCGCUCCCGAGACCCUGAAAUGGCUCAAAAACAAACAAAGUGCAGGUGAGCUUCGAGGUACCGUUCAGAGCGACGUGUUUGUCCUAUGCCUUGUCUUCUGUUAUAUUCUUCUGAAUGGAGACCAUCUCUACGGUUCUAGUGAACAUAAUGUUGGCAAAAACAUAAGAAACGGAAAUCCGAUAAACAUGCAGAAAAUUAAUGAUGGACUACGAAAACUUUAUGAGGCUUAUGUACUUUUAAAAAUGUUGGAGGACGACCCUAACAAAAGGAUUACAUCAAAAGAAGUCGUCAAGCAGCUUAGUUUCAUCAAAGUAAAGCUCGAUGCCAAGGAAGAAGAAUUGCGACAACUUUUACGCGCUCGUGACUUUUCGGACGCUCAUAUCUUAAAAAUUAAAGAUUUUACUGUGUUUGGAAUCAACGUGAACCACGACGAUGGAUGGAGAGCGCUUCAUUGUUUAUGUCGUUCUCAUUCAAGCUCAAAUUUAAAGGACGCUGUUGAAAUUUUAAUCCUAUUGAAAAUUGACGUGAACUCAAAAGACACAGAUGGAUGGAAUGCUCUUCAUUAUUUGUGUCGAUAUAACUCAAGCUCACAAUUUCUCGACACAAUUAAACUCUUAAUCCAACAGAGCAUUGACCUGAACGCAAAGAACAAAUUUGGAUGGAACGUGCUCCACCAUUUGUGUUGGAAUAAUUCAAAUACAAAUUUCUUAGACGCAAUUCAACUUUUAAUCCAAUUGGGAGUCGACGUGAACGCAAGGGACAAAGCUGGACGGAAUGCGCUUCUUCACUUGUGCUCUAACAAUUCAAGGUCAAGUUUAAUCGACGCAAUUAAACUGCUAAUCCACCUAGGAAUUGACGUGAACGCAAAAGACAACAAGGAACGGAAUGCACUCCAUUAUUUAUGUCGAAACAGUUCAAGCUCUAAUUUACAAGACACCGUCCAACUCUUAAUUCACCAUGGAAUUCGUAUCAUAUCGCAGGGCAACGAUGCACUACUUUUGUUACGCAAAAAUAAUAGAAUACACGACAAGGACGAAAUCCUAAAACUCCUUGACCAAACAGCUCUUGUCCAGAGCUAAUCAAGCAAAGAUUCAACUUUUCCUGCUUCCUGUAUGAUUACUUCGCAAAACAUUGUCAAGCAGCGUUUGAAAUCAACGUCGGUGAUGACAUCGUUAUAAUAAUUAUGCCAAAAAGCAUGUUACCGUAUAUUGCCAGAUAAGACAAUCUCCAAUUUCAGUUUAUUGGUUUGAUUUAUUUGAAGAAGAUAUCGGCCAGUCGACCAAUGUCAUGCAAACCGCUUACUGAACACACACGCACUUGAAUGGGUUUUGUAUGUGCGCUGUACACAUGCGCACAACAGCAACGUCAUUUGCCUCGCACAGUUCAAAGUAUCGCCUUGUGAACACCAGACGAAUAGAUGACAAUCAUUGUUACGUAAUUGUACCAAAAGAAAUGCAAACCUUCAGUCAACAAUAAAAGAGCUUUAAAAAGUU